ACAACUCAUAAAAUCUCCGGCACCGCGCUCGCGCCAUUCUGUGCCGAAAUUGGAGGACGGUGGAGACUACCCCGGAUCGUUGCCCUCCGCACACCUCACCUUCCCGUCCAAGCUUGGCAGAGAACCUGAACUUGAUCCGUAUAAGCGGCCGCACGACUAAUAAGCUUUCGGUUUAUAUUGGCACGAGACCAGGACAGCGCGGGACGCUGGGGGCUAUCAUGAUUUCAUACAAGAUUGCGCUGCACUACAGCGGGCCGGAACUGGUCGAUGAGUCUCCUAUAUCAAGCCCGACCCCCAGCCUCUACCAGGAGAACGCCAUGAGCGAGCGCGCGGCCUGCAGCACACUCCCGGCAUCCUUUGUCCUCGCCGGCGACUCGACCACGGCGGUCGCCGGCGGCUGGGGCACGGGCUUCAUCUCGUUCCUCAAGAGCCCGGCCAAGGGCACCAACAUCGCCAAGAGCGGGGCGACGACGGUGUCGUUUGUGAACGGCGGUUACUGGAAGAAGGUCAUUGACCAGGUCAAGGCUGACGCCGCGACGCACAACGUUAUUGUGACGAUUCAGUUUGGUCACAACGACCAGAAAGAAGCAGCCAACAUCUCCCUGAGCCAGUUCCAGACCAACCUGGAAAACUUCGCAAAGGAGGUGAAAGCCGCCGGCGGCACACCGCUCCUCACAACCUCCCUGACAAGACGCACCUUCAACUCGGACCACGACGUGGCGGACUCGCUGCACAACGAGCGCCUGAGGGCCAUCGCAGCAGCAGAGGCGACCGGGUCGCCCUACAUCGACCUGAACCAGGCCUCGAUCGCGUUCGUCAACGCCAUCGGCAAGGACGCGGCGCAGGCGUACAACCUCGCCGCGGACGACAGGACGCACCUCAACGACUACGGCAGCGUCGUGUUCGGGCGCAUGGUGGCGGAUCUCGUCCUCGGCCACCCGCCGACCGUCAGUGCUGACGACAAGUGGACGCCCUCGGCCGACAACUGCUUUGUGGGCGCGUUCAACUCGAACAAGACCCUGACGCAUGCUAUUUGGAGCGGGCUCCCCGCUUAA